UCAAAGAGUUAUUUAACCUUAAAAAAGUGGUAAUGAUAAACAUUUCUGAAAUUUACUUAGUUUUAAUAAAUGAAUGAUACUCUGGAAAACAUGAGUGGAGUUAUUGCAGUUCAUUGUGGUGCAGGAUAUCACAGUGAAAAAAUCCGUCGUCAGUAUAAUAAACUAUCUAGACAAGCCUGCAGAGCUAGUGCAAAGAUUUUAAACGAUGGUGGAACUUCACUUGAAGCAGUUAAGGCAGCAAUUACAGUAGUUUUAGAGAAUAAUUCGCUUACAAAUGCUGGGAAAGGGUCAAAUUUAACAAUCGAUGGAUAUGUGGAAUGUGAUGCUGCUAUAAUGAAUGGUAGAACUUUGUUAUAUGGGGGGUGUGGUGCAAUUCAAAAAGUUAAAAAUCCAAUUGAAUUAGCAUACGAAAUUUGUUGUAAGCAAACACAGAAAUUACCCCUAGGACUUAUACCACCAACAUUUCUAGUAGGUAAUGGGGCAUUGAAAUAUGCCAAAAAUGUUGGCAUAAAAACAGUGCCCAAAAAGUACUUGAUGAGCCAAUCUUCAUUUAAAAGAAUGAAAAAAUACAAAGCAUUACUUGAGCAAAAGACUGCUGUUGAAUAUAAGGAUCUUAUGGAUACUGUGGGUGCAGUGUGUGUUGAUAAAGAUGGACAUGUAGCAUCCGGAUGCAGUUCAGGAGGAUUGAUAUUAAAAAAACCAGGUCGUGUUGGACAGGGGGCUUUGUAUGCAUGUGGAGUAUGGGCAGACAGUUUCAAUUCUACAUCAGAAAAUUCAGUGGCAGUAUCUACAACUGGCUGUGGAGAGUAUUUAAUAAGAACCCAGUUAGCUAAAGAAAUAGCAAAGGAUAUUAAACAUGCUGCAUGUCCUGUUACCACACUUCAUAAGUCAAUGAUAGAAAAUUUUAUUGACUCGAGAUUUUUAUGGGAUGUGUCUGAAAAGUUAGGCGGCGCAUUGGUGCUACAUGUUAAACCGUCUAAGGAGGGACAUGUGAUGUGGGGCCAUAGCACAGAAACAAUGAGUGUAGGGUUUUUAAAUUGUAACGAUGGCAAAGCAAAGAGUGUAGUGUCCAAACUGCCGAUGGAAGUGUCAGUGGGAAGCAGCGUUAGCGUUAACGGCAUCGAUUUUACCUUGUAAAAAAGUAAGUCUUACUAGAAAGUUUAAUUACCUUAAGACAUUUUGUCCAUUACAGAAGCAAACUAAAAUCCUUUUGUAAUGUCUUUUUUAUUGUUUAAAGCGAUAUUAUAUAAGAAAGACAACUCAUCAAUAAAUUAAGGAUACAUAUAACAUUA